GGCCCAACAAAAGCCGUACCCUGAGUGGACCAUAUUACCCUUAUUCUCUUCCUUUUGAUUUCAAAUCUGUUCUUUUUCUGUCCGAGGAAAGGUAGAAGGAAAACGCUGUGCCCUAGAUUUGCCCUUCUCUGCUUCGGAAGAAAGUGAAACAGAACAAAAUUGCAAUGGCUUUCGCUUCUUUCCUUGGCAGAGUCCUCUUCGCUUCCGUUUUUAUACUCUCUGCUUACCAAGAAUUUAAUGAGUUUGGACUUGAUGGUGGGCCUGCAGCGAAAGCACUCAGACCAAAGUUUGAUGCAUUUACACAUCGCGUGCAUUCUCAAGUUGGCUUUCAACUCCCACAGAUUGAUAUGAAAAUUUUAAUUGCUGUGGCCCUUAAUCUCAAGGGCACUGGAGGAAUUCUUUUCAUAUUUGGCAACUCUUUUGGAGCUCUCCUUCUGCUCCUGCAUCAGCUUAUUGCUACUCCUAUCCACUAUGAUUUUUACAAUUAUGAGAGCGAGGACAAAGAAUUUACUCAACUUUUCAUCAAAUUUACACAGAAUAUGGCUCUCUUUGGGGCUCUGUUGUUUUUCAUCGGCAUGAAGAACUCCAUCCCUAAAAGGCAACACAAGAAGGCACCGAAAACAAAAACCUAUUAAUAGCAGCAGCAUUGGAGGACCGGACCCCGUUUCAAGGAGAGGGUGCUGUUGGCUCUUCAUCAUAUCCUCACAAAUGUACCAGGAUUUGGGUUUGAUACUCCUCUGGUUCAGAAUCAGUCUUCCUCCCCCCUUUGAGUUUUGUAGUUUUGGCUUCACUUGGAUUAAAUUAUUGGCUAUUAUUUUGUAUGAUCUUGUUAUCACGGCUUUAGGAACUAUCUUCCAGUUAGACUUGUCUGUUAAAAAUGAAAACAAAAGGAUGAGAAUGCCAAUUUCAUUCUGUUCUAUCUUUCUUGAUGUAAGGUCUUCAAAGCCUGGCCUGUGAAGUUAUGUAGCUUAACUGGUGUUAUCCAUUUCAGCCAUGAAUUUGUAUGCUCCAUCUAUUCUUGUGC